CGAAGAUUUUCGACGCUGUAACAAAUAAAAAGCGUCGAAAAAGCGCGCGAUUUUUCGACUAUAGAAAAAAAUUUCGGAUUUUUUUGUGAGUGACUUGAAUUGUACUUAUUUGUGGAAUUAAUAUAGUGUAUGUUCAGUGACGCCGACAACUUAGAUAUGAGUAUUAAUGCCACCGAAGAAGAUUUAUCAUGAGCACAAGUUAACCAUAGAGAUGCCAGCAAGACAAGGACGAAAGGAAAAUGAAACAAACGUCACAUAACAAUAGAAGCACUGACAGUAAACCUAUGGCAAACUCGACACAAGUGCCAUACUAUUACAAAACUACCUACCACAGUUCCACUACAUACCUUUAUCCAUCUAAAAGACCUCCUGAUGAUACACUAAUAAAAAAUCACACUAUAAUAGUUAAAACAAGACAAGCUUACACCAAAGACUAUAAAAAUGUCACGAACAAUGGAACAAAUGGAAAUUUUAUGAUGCUAGUCGAAGACUUUAGUGAUUAUUUCUAUGGAAACACUAGUCAUGAUAUAUUUAGUGAACAUAACGGUACUUUAGAUGUAUUGAAUGAUGUUUACGAGUAUACAAAUUGUUCAGUGAAUGGUACUUUUAAUAUAUCUUGCUUCAGUAGAGCGGAGUUGAUGACAGAGUAUAACCUAUGGGCGUUGCUGUUGUUGAUAUUUCCGUUUUUUACUCUGUUCGGGAAUGUGUUAGUGAUAAUGAGUGUGGUGCGAGAGAGAACACUACAGACGGUGACGAAUUACUUCAUAGUGAGCCUGGCUGUGGCCGAUCUACUGGUGGCGGUGGUGGUCAUGCCAUUCGGCGUUUACUAUUUGGUGAAUGGUUCCUGGGGGCUUCCCGCGUUCGUGUGCGACGUGUACAUCGCGAUGGACGUCACCUCAUCCACUUCCAGUAUUUUCAAUCUAGUCGCCAUCUCUGUUGAUAGAUAUAUAGCAGUAACACAACCAAUAAAGUACGCGAAGCACAAAAACAACAGGCGGGUCUGGUUCACUAUAGUUCUGGUGUGGCUGAUCUCUGCUGCAAUAGGAGCGCCUAUAGUCCUGGGGCUAAACGACACCCCCGACAGAAACUUCGACGAAUGCCUGUUCAAUAGCCAGAACUAUGUUAUUUACUCCUCACUGGGUUCCUUCUACAUACCCUGCAUCAUGAUGAUGUUUCUGUACUACAAUAUUUUUAAGGCAUUAAGAAACCGCGCGAAAAAGCAGCGAGCAGCUAAAAAGCCGCCCGUAUCGGGUGAUCCUACCACGGGUGCUACGACGGCCGUGGUCAUAGAGAACGUAGCACAAACCAGACGUCUGGCAGAGACUGCAUUACAUGAUGACAGACCAACUAACACAGGGUCCGGAAGUAAUGAAGAUGACCAUGAGGACAGUUUCGACAAAAGGUCAGCGGAUUUGGAGGCGGACGCCGAGGACUGUCACGUGAUACCGAACGACAAGUCAACAGAGUUCAUGUUGGCCACGGUCACUGAAGAAACUGUCAAUACUCCAAAAAGAAACCUCAAGUCUCAACCCCCAGACCCCAACGGGAACAAUGACUCAGGGUACGCGCCGUCCAACCUAGAAGACACUAUUAGGGAACACAUGUCUCCCCCAGGGUCACCUGGGCUUAGAGACGCCACAGUCCUCAAAAACAUGAGCUGUGAUAGCUCAAAGUGGAAGAAGAACGGGAAAAGUGCGAAGUUAGUAACUGAUUCAAGAAACGUAUCGUUAGCGGUGCGUUCAGAAGACGAACACGAGACAAGCCAUUACGACCUCAGUGAUGGAUCAUCAGCGAAGAAGGAAAGAAAAGCCAGUGCUGCCACGGCAAGAUUCACCAUCUACAAAGCCAAUAAGGCAAGCAAGAAGAAGAGGGAAAAGUCUUCUGCUAAGAAAGAAAGGAAGGCCACGAAGACGCUUGCUAUUGUUUUAGGUGUGUUCCUGUUCUGCUGGGCGCCAUUUUUCACGUGUUCCGUUCUCGGUGCUAUUUGUGACAAGUUCGAUCUGCCAUUCUCGCCAGGGGUGACCACCUUCAUCCUCACUACCUGGCUCGGCUAUAUCAACUCCUUCCUCAACCCUGUCAUCUACACCAUCUUCAACCCUGAAUUCCGAAAGGCCUUCCGGAAGAUAUUGAAAUGUGGCACCUAGCCCUUAGACUAUUUGGUCGUCUUCACUCAGUAGAUCUCAAACAUAAUUUUGAUAUUAUGUGUAUUAAAAAUAAAGUUUGCUAAAUCGAUUGAUUUUUUUAACAAAUGGGACAGAUGGGACAAGUUUUUACAUUACACAGGUUUCCAGCGAUCUUACCACAUUUGUUUUUUCGCGAAGAUGAAAGUGUGUAUGUGUUGUGUGCAAAUAAUCUGAGAGUUGUUGCUUUUUACCGCGAACCAAGCCUUGAGUAACCGCUAAUCUAGAUAAUUGUAUACAUAUAUUUAUUUGUUUGGCAAAUUAUUCGUAUAUUUAUCGGACUUUAUUUUUCUUACUCAAAUAUUGAGACAACGAAACUUUUUAACUUUUGAGAUCUAUUAGACGACCAAAUUGUAAAUUAAUAUACUUUGCAAUGAUAGUAUUAAUUUAUUGUUAUUUACGUCAUGUGCAUACUAAUAUUAGAUUGAUAGAGCAUAUCAUAUGCAAGUUUAAUGAAUAAUAACAAUAUCAUAAGAUAGUAAACGUAGCAAAAAUAUAUUCAUAAUUUAAUUCGCUAAAAAUAAGUAAAUUAAUUAGAAAAAAUAUUAGUAUUGUAAAAUUAAAUGAAUUUAUAAUGCUUUGCGCUUUUGUAAAAAUAUAAAUAAUUCUAGUCAAUGAUCAGUAUUAUAAUAAUCAAAAUAAAUUUAAUCAUGCCAAAACGAUAUUAUUAAGCUUUAGUUCUUUUAAGGUUGUGAUUAUUUUAAUUUUAAAAUGUUUAAAUAUUUUUAGAAAAAAUAAUUAUGGCUGUAAAAUAACAUAAAGGUACAACCUUACACAAAAAUGUUAAUUUAAAAAUGUAAAUUGUCUACCUAUGUACCUAAUUGUAUAUUAUUUUUUUCAUGUGUAAAAUACUUAUUAGUCAAGUGAUAUUUAUUAACAUCAUGGAGUAACACCAAAUAAAUAAUCUUAGUACCCUGAUACUUUCAAAAAAAUCAUUUUACCAUUUUCACAUUUUAGUUGGCAUUGGCAUUAUUUAUUCAAGUAUUAUAAAUUUGGAUUCGCUCUUUAGUUGGCUUUCUCCGUCCAAUAUUAUUUUUUAGUAUAGAAAUAAUUCCCUUCCUCAGAUUUAUUAGUCGUAUAAGUAGUAAUUAAUAAAAUCAGUAUUAUCAUGUAAUUUGUCUGUCAGUUUGGACAGAAGUUGCACUGCGUGAUUUGAUAAGGUAGUUGUAUAAUGACUCGCCAAAUAAUUCUGACCAUAUCACAGAAUAUUGUGUAUAAUUAUUCAAAUAAUUAAAUGUACUUAUUUAUGAUAAAAUUUAUCAUUUUGUAGAAUUAAAUUCUAAAUAAUAUAGAAAUGCUCAGUUAUCUUCCAAAAGGCAUCAUUUGUCAAUGUCAUGUCAAAACUUUGCGGAUAAUUGCCGUACAUUGCUUACCUUUGAUUUUUGUCAAUGCAUAGCUCACUUAAAAAUUAAGCAAUGUACACCAACGGUUGUAUGCACGUAUUUUAGCAAAAUUAUGCAUUUAAAUGAUCUCAAUUUAUUUGUUGCUCAAUUAAGAACUUAUCAUCAUAAUAAGAAGAAUAUUCUAACUGCUUGUGUAAUUAAUGGAUAUUUUUUAUACUUUUUAUGACAACUGCUGCUGCUUUAGUGUGUAUAUAUUUUUUCAUGUUUUAAUUUCGAAUUGUUUAAUUCAGCCAAAGAAGUUAAUGAUUUGUUAUCAAAAUAACUCUUCAUAUUUUAAACCAUAACUAGCUGUGGUACAAUUUAUUGUAAUAAUAAAUAAUGUAAUUAAUUAUAUUAUAUAUUUUAUGACAACGUUAUAAGACAAGAAGUGAUUGCAUCUGUUGUAAAAAGUCUAAUGAUUUAUUGAAUCUCAUGUAUAUAGUGCAAUAAAAUAUUGUUAUAUAUUAGAAAGCAUUAUUAAAAUUACCGAAUUUAAGGAAAAAUAAAAUUUGUUUCAAUAUAUAGAAUCGUGUACAGUGAGUGACAAAAAUGUUGUAAGUAUUCUAAAAAUUAUACCAACUGAAUUUCUAAUAAUGUAAAGUACUUGUAUUUAUGGCAAUAUAAAAAUAAAUAUGAAUUAUAAUAACUGUAUACUCAAUAGCAUUAAAUUUGUAACUGACUGUACUCAUCUGAAGUUGGAUUAUUACGUAGCGCGUACACUAUGUUAUGUAUGUAAGGUAGUGUUUUAACUUUCUAUGCGAAUUGUGAUGAUGAC